CUCUGCUUGCGCACCCGGUUGGUGUGUCGCUACCCUAGAUACCUGCCUUCCUUGACCCCGCCACUGCUAUCGACUGGCGCGUGACGUGGCGAGUGUUUGUGUACAGCGGUGCCACGGAAGUGAAUGCGUCGUCAGCGUGUAGCGGAUGUCAGCCAAUCAAAGCGCUGCACGGCGAUAACGAAAGUUUAAAAAUAGCGUGGAGGGGAAUUGACAGGACACAUGACAAUGCCGGCGGUGGACCUGUCAGUCAUUGGCGGCAUGACACUGUGUGCCUGGCUGGCAUAACCCGCACGGACGUCCGCGGAGGAGGAGGAGGAGUCUUUCAUUGACCCUCGCGUCGACUUGAUUAUUCACGCGACGACUGUGUGACUGUGUGUGCGCCCCCACGCGACGACGCCAACUUCGCUGUGUAUGUGUGUGCGGUCGGCUGUGCGCGGGUAUCAAUCGCCGUCACCAAUAGCCGUGUGAUCGACAAUUUUUUUUUUCAACGGACGGGAGUCAUUUUCAUUGCCGUGGCUGUGAGGUUAUCGAUGUACUUUCAUCUUGUCGAUCGUCGUCGAAGGUGUCAUCGCAAUCGAGACGUCGCGCCUGUCUCUCCUCCUCCCCUUUCCCCCUGUAGACAUCAACACCCAUAUCUCAUCCAUCAUCCACCCUCAUCCAGCAUCCCCCACCCCACUACCUUACAUGACGUCACAGACUUGAGAAGUGUUCAUCCUUCAGCUCGUUGGAAUAAAACAUCUGACAGCGGGAGCGAGACCGCUGUCGUGUAAUUGUAACGCCAGGGUCACGAUAACUUUAAAAUAAUAAUUAUAGAACGACGCAGUUGUCGUCUGGCUUGUAUCAGGCUUUAGGCCACUUACCCAGUGGAUCAGACACACGUCACGUCACGUGGACAAAAUCGGCCAACCCACCCAUCCACCCGCCUCCUCUCCUCUCGCCCAACCUUGCACGUCUUCGACACACGGGGUGACGAGGAGAAGUACAGCUGUUGUUGUCGGCGGGCUUUGCUGUGGAGUGGAUGUCGUAUCUCUCUCACGUGACCUAGCUUUGUGGACACGAUAGUAAGUGACAGCUUAUCUCCUUGCUACCUGUGCACCUGUACCAUCGCUGUCACUUCGCCUUUCUCUAGUUUCGUCGCCGCACGGCAAGAACAUCGGCAAGGGGAUUUGCUCCUACACAGGCAAGUUUCGUCACCUGUCCACCCACUGCACCUCUCUGUUUCCACUUCCACCCCUAUAUUAAUGCCUUAUUAUCUCGAGCAUCAUGUUUACCUGUCAGAAGAAAUUACUGGUACUCUUGGCCGUGGUUUAUGUCUGCUGUGCCAUGUACCUGAGCUUACGGGUCAUGUUUCUCGACGCCGGGACUAUCAGCGUGCUAGAGUUAUCGGGCCUGGCGAAGUGUGGCAGUGUUCACUGCAACGAUGACACAACAAACCACCUCAGUAGAAGCCAGACAACUCAGUGGAAAAUGCCAGAGCUUCUGGUCUACCCUAGCCUGUUGAACCACUCGGACGACCGCAUCACUAAUCAGCUGGCGUUCGUGCCGAAGUCGGUGAGAGAGUUCAUCGCCAAGGGUCAACCGGUUCCCAGCAAGAAAAUCUACCUCAGGGACGGUCUCGGGGGGUGGAACAUCCCCGCGGGGGACAAGCUGUUCCGGGAGCAAAACUGCAAGGUGCAGGCCUGCGUCCUGACGGAAAGGUACGAGGACUUCAAGUCGGCAGACGUGGCCUUGUUCAAGGGGCCGCCAGGGGGGGAAGCUUCCAUGCGCAGCCACCUGCUUCACCAGAUCUGGGUGCUGUUCCUCCUGGAAUCACCUGUCCACUUAUCCCCAGCGCCGCCUGGAAUGUCCGACUUCAACUGGACCUCCACCUACCGCCAUGACUCCACCAUCGUCGCGCCUUACGAGAAAUACGUCCCGCACCUCAAUGCCUCCAAGAUGCGUCCCCCCUCGAAGAACUACGCGGAAGGCAAGACCAAGAUGGUGGCGUGGUUUGUCUCCAACUGCGGCGCCUCUAACAACCGCCUGAACUACGCCAAAAAGCUGAAGGAACACGUGCAGGUGGACAUCUUCGGAGCGUGCGGCACCAUGUCCUGCAGUCGCGUCAACCAGAACCAGUGCUUCGAGAUGCUGAACAAAGAGUACAAGUUCUACCUGUCCUUCGAGAACUCCAACUGCCGUGACUACAUCACGGAGAAGUUUUUCGUCACUGGACUGCAGAACGACGUGGUGCCCAUCGUCAUGGGCGCGCCCGAGGACUACGCGCGUGCUGCACCUCCACACUCCUUCAUCCACGUGGACGACUUUGAGUCCCCCAAGGAGCUGGCUGACUAUCUGCUGAAGCUGGACAAAGACGACGUGUUGUACAACGAGUAUUUUGCCUGGAAGGGGCAGGGCACCCUCAUCAACACCUUCUUCUGGUGCCGGAUGUGCGCCCUUGCCCACGACGUGAAGGAACGUGGAGCUUCGUGGUUCGAGGACGUCGCCGAGUGGUGGACGGACCCGGGGUGUGCAUCGGUGCGGACAGCUGGCGACAGCAUCCAAGGGAUUCACCACACAUCGCCAAGCCGGCGGUCACGCUGCCACGUUCGUGAUGAAACCUUCCGGGUCUACAUUGUGAGUGUGUAUGUGUAUGUUUGUGUAUGUGUGUGUGUAUGUGUGUGUGUCAGAGAGAGAGAGCAGCUCAUGCCGUCCACAGUUGAGGGCGCGUGAACCACACCGGAAGACUUGUGUCAACAGGUCUGAGAAUGGCGAAAGUCUUUAUGCAAAUAUAUUUUUUUCGGUGACUAGUUUUUGUCUCCUCGAAAAACGCAUCGACGGAGACAUUUUUCGGUGAUUGGUAAAAACUGUUACUGAUUUAUCAUUGUUCGUUACCACAUCACUACAGUUUUCUGUGUGUGGGUGUAUAUACAAAUAAUUUUUGUCGAACAGAGAAGUCAUUGAAAUGAGUUACUAACGAUUGUUAAGUGUAUCUGAAGUUGUGCAGUCUAGUCAUGUCGGUGUGUUUGUGACUUGUGAUUUAAUGAGAUUUCCUCAACACCCACAUGUGCCUACACAGGGACAUCCGUUACUGAUGAAUUCCGUUGCGAGUUCUACAUCCUACAACCACAACUCGUCCGCCAUUUGUUUUUUAUUGCUGUUGACCUGGACAUUGUUGAGGCUUUGUACUAAAGCUGACUGAUUUAUUGAGAAUGUUACAGAAAACGGGAACAAGGCGUGCAGCAGGUGUUUGUUGAUGAGUAAUCCUCAGUUACUCAGGAGUAAUAAAAACCGCGUGCGUGUUUGUGUGUGUGUGUGCGUGUGUGUGUGUGCGUGUGUGUCCAACUCAUGCAAAUACAGUUAAUUCCGAGAAAACUAUUAUUGUGAAAUCCUCUCCACUGACUGGUACUGAAACGGGUCUGCUUUAAGAUCUGCUCAAUAUUCAUGGUCAUGCGUGCGCGUACGCGUGUUCAGACAAAUCAUAUAAACCAUGUUCUGGUUUUCUCAGUUUUCACAGAAAAAAAUACAUUCCAGAUAUGGCUGCGAAAACAAGGCAUGAUGUAGUAGAUAUCAUCUACAUACAGGUCUGUAAUGUUUAUAGUAUGUACGGAUGCCAUCUGUUGAUAAAUGCUGACAGCAGGUCGCUUGUAUCUCGCACACCGUGCAGUCCUCAUACAUCAUCGGUCUUUAGUAGGAUUUCAUUCCUUGUUUCUGAUGUACUGUGCAGUGAAAACCACUUACAGUUUGUUGACCGAUAUCCUGCUCACUAACAUUGUUUGUUUUUGGUAAAAUCAUUGCUUAUUAUGUACUAAAUAUCCUUGACAGAAAAUCCCAUAUUUUUCUUGCAUAAUGACUUGAUGUUUGAGUCUCGGGGUAUGUUUUGUAAACAAUGUUUAAUGAUGUUGCUGUUGUGUGGACCAACAGCCUCGUUACACUAUCUGAAGACGAAAUGUGUAUUUUACAGACCUGUGUAGUCUUUUGACCUGUUUACAGAGAUUGCGCCAUAGGGUGGAGACCACCAGCAACUACAACGACACGAACUGAUGAUGUUAUCACAUUGACCUAGCCUUACUAGCUGUGAUGUUCAGUCUUUUUGUCUUACGUAUUGUUCAUUGUGCUGUUGAUGUCCCAGACGUUGUGUCCCUGUUAUAAGGCUAUCUGUGGGGUGUACAUCGCGUUACAGGGUUAUGUAUGUGUGUCUAUAAAACUGUACAUUGUGUUACGGAGGUAUCUAUGAGUCCCCAGAGCUGCACAUUGUGUUUGAAUUAUUUACCUGUAUGUGCUCUCAUUACUGAUAUUUCUGUAAUAAACAUUGUUUUAUUUGCA